CCCACCCCGGUGCGCCCUAGCCCGCCUCGCCGCUGGGCCGCGGCUCCGGGCAGCGCCGUGCGGCAGCGCCCGGCUCGUCUGCGCACCUCCGGGGCAGCUCCCGGUGUGGCGGGGUCUGCCUGUCCCCGGGGGAGCACCGCGUGGGGAAGUACUCCUGCGAGUCGCGGCGAGUUUCUUUCUUCUUGGUCUUCUUUGAGUUUGUUUACUUACAAUUCGCCUCCUCUUCUCUGGAUUGCCCUUCUGGUCGCGUAGCGGAUCCGUAGAGUUGCUUUGAUGGUUCUUUAUGCUAGAGAUUGCUGAGACUGAUGGACUGUUGCUGUAAUGUACUACAGUUUGCUCUGCCUGUGCAUGGGGAUCUACUCCUGCUUCUGCGUAUGGAUGAAGAUAAGUGAAUUGAUUGAUUGUUUGUUUUAAUUGUUAGAGUGGGAAAUAUGCUGCCUAAAUCUGCCAUCCAAAUUUAGAUGUCUGAAUUAGAAAUGCAGGAAACAUAGUAGUGAGUAUAGCAAGUAGCUUGGUUCCCCAGGAACUUUGCUGACAGUAUAGACACUCGGACACUUACUCAUUCAAGCAUCUAAACUGUGCAGAGCAGGCAUCUGUUUGCACCUGUUAAGAAAAAUGUGUGUGGGAUCCUUCCUCUGGAUAUCCUUACACCAAGGCAUAACUGACAUUUAAUAAAACUUUCAUCACAGAGUUCCCUCUUAAGUGGCCUUCACAAGGGAUAUUCUGCUUGCAUGUUUUUGAUCUGAAUAUUUGCAUACAGUGGGUUUUGCUUCCACAGCUGUUUUGUGUUUGGUUUCUAAAGAAAUGUGGUAUGCUAGAAUCAAAGCUGAGGUCUAUUGUAUAAAACAAUUGUAGGGGAAAAUUUAGCGAUCACUAUUACAGCAAAGGUGUAUGGGUUGACAGGCUCUUAGCAGAAUUCAGUUCUUGCAUUUAGGUCUCUAAUGGUGCAAGAAGAUAUUUUUAUUGUAUGUAAUAAUUCGCUUUUUCAAUAAAGCGGGAUAUCUUUUAGUUUAAUCACUCUGCCUUAUUAACAGGGAAAAAAAUGUUGUUUUGUAAGAAUUCGAACUCUGCUCUGUGUUUUCUCAAAUGACACUUUAAUUGAAUUUUAUGUUUAUUGCACUGAUAAUUGUCAUUCUGGUGGGUUCUUACCUGUUCAUCAGCCUACAGAAUCAGCUGUACUAUUAAAGAUGAUAAACUUCUGUCCUGUUUGUCCUAUCAAACAAAUUUUCAGUAGGAAAGGAAAGGAAAUUACUACUUCUACUGGUUAUUUUUAAUUUAUAACUCAUGUUCAGCUACACUUUUCUUGUUAACACAGAACACUGUACAGCUGCUUCAUAUGCAGUACAUGAAUAGCUUGUAAAUAAAUAACAAAAGUAGGUUUAAAUUUCAUACGUGUACUUAGCAAAACUAAUGGCUGGUAAUCAGCCUAAUGGCUGAUGAUAGAUUGUGCAGUGCCAGCAGGGGAGCUUGUGCCCAGGAAAAGUAACACAAGAUUGGGAGUGGCUAGAGAAUAGCUGGUGAAUCUGGUGCUUUUUUAAUUCUCUCAAUUAACUUGAUUAAGCAGCUUAAUUUAAAUAGGCGGAAUUUGAGGAUUGGAACUUCUCUCUUGUAGUAUUUUCCCACUGCCUUAGAAAUUAAUUCCUUUAAUAUUUUGUUUGUGUAAAGCAGGCAGCCUUGUUUGCUUCUGUGUCCUGUGCAGACAUGAAGCAAUGUACGCCUGAUAUGAGAGGCACACACAGCCUUUUUUCCUCUGCAAUUGGAUCUAGGCAGAAGUCAUAAAUCAUAGUGAUUUCUGCACAGUGCAGUUGAAUGGGGACUGACUACCGUAUUUUAUUAAUAUUGAAAGUUCCCUAUGCUUACAUUGCUAUUAAUUCUUCCUUGCAGAAGAGCAUGCUGUGUUUGUUUCUUUCCUUUGCCUUUCACUCUGCUUCAGAGGUGUGUUUUGCAGUACAAGAUGAGCUCCAAACACAGUCCUCUGGUACAUGAGCUAGUUUUAGCUGUGGUAGAGCCUCGUCAAAGCACUGCCUGGGAGAAUUUUAGACAUGAGAUUCCUCAGUGAAGAACGCUGUGUACUGUACUCCAGCUAUAGCAUUUGAGGCUAUCUUUUCUCGUUGCUCUUGGAUGUCUGUGUUGGCUGCAGCUGUGGCACAGUUCCAUAAAUUGUUUUCCUCCUCUCCUUGCCUGACUGAUCCUGUGUUCUUCUGACCACUAAUUUAAGGCAGUGGUUCCCAAACAAGGGAAUCUUAGCAACCACUUGGGAGGAUAUCUGAGAUUCCUAGCUUCACCACCAAGGUCCUUGCCAGGUACAUCCUCUUUCCUACCCAAAGUCUUUAUCUAAUAGCAUCAGAUAGGGAAUUGGGAUAGGGAUGUUAGGAAAGGUAGAUGGUAGCACAGGGUUCUAUCACUCUCUGCUUUCUAGUUUUCUCCCUUUCUAGUAAAGGUGGUGGUCAUGUUAGAGGAUGUUACAGUGUUCUCUGUUUUUUAGAGCACUGAAAAGAGGCCUGAGCCAGAAGCAAUUUCUGCAUGUCCCACAGCCGCUGGUGGUACUUGGGAACCCACCUGUUAGUAGCUGCUGCAGCACAAACCUAGCACUGACUUUUGGGCAUUGCAGUCUGGAGUUCAGUGUGACUGAUCUCUCCUGUUUAAAGCUGCUGGCUGUGCGAACUGUUCAUUUCCUAGUUAUAGAUCUUUCCUUCUGGUGCUGGCUUGCCCUACCAGAAGGAAUAUGCCUCAAUUCCACUAGUACAUGGCCUCAGAUGAUUUUGAACAAUUUUCUGAAUAAAUCGAAGUAGUUCUGCAGUACUAGAUGUUGUGAUGUCAUUAGGUAUCACAUUGAUCAUCAUUAAAGCCAUGUGGUAGCUUUGGAAAAUGGGAUCUGUGCUUCUAUCUUAUUUUUUUGCUUACAAGAAUAUCAGGAAAGACCUUGACACUAACGCAACCUUAUCUCUUCCUCUGGCUUAUACUGUGCUACCCAAAAGCCAUGACAUAAUGUUUCAGUAAUUACAGUGAGUCUGUACAUUGUCUGUACAAGUAUAUGCUGCCUAAUGAAAGGUGGUAGAUGAGUGCAAUUCUGUGGUCUGUCUUUUCAGCAGUGCCAGGGGGCUGCAGUAGCCUGAAAAGCCUGUGUUGUGGGGUUGGAUUUAAACAUCUUAAACUAGUGCUAAACAGCAGGAAGAAUGUCAGAAUGGUUUUGGUGGUCUUCAUAUAUGCAUCUGUUUCUUCCCCAUUCUUUAUGUUGCUUAUGAGAAGAACAUUGAGUUAGUGUGUUGGUUCUGCUGCUGUAGGAGAUGAAUUCCACUGUCUCCUCUAAUUUUGGAGAAGAGUCACUUUUUAUAUUCAUUGCAAAUUGGACAUUUACAGACUUUACUUUUAUCCUAAUGAUGAACUCAUGUACAUCACAGGAUCUAAAUUCUGUCAGAUUAAUCCCACCCAUGGGUCAAGUUAAUGUUUCCAAAUGACAAAGUCGGCUGUAAAUAAGUGAGUGCUCUUUCAGGAACUGAAGUGGGCUGGUGCCAGAGGAGAAAAUAGAAACAGCAUCUGCUGGAGAUUCCCUGUGGUUAUGAGUCUGAAGGGAGGUCAGGAGAGCUUGUAUGGAGAGGUGGGGUGGAGGCAAAACUGUGGUUCUUAGGAAGAAGGAAAAUUCUUGAUGGUAACACACGGAGGUCUUUCCUUCUGUUACACAGCUGGGAUGAGUUUGGUGUAGAAGCUUGUGUCUCAGUGACUAAUGAAAGCUGGUUAGCCUUUAUAAACAAUCUUUCUUAAUUGCAAUUACUUUGAGGAUAGUUUUUUUGGUGAAUUGUUGAGUCCUAAUAUGAGAGCCAGAUGUAAGUCCACUAGGAAGGCUGCAUGAGAAAGUAAGCUGUUUGUCACUUCCAGACUUCUUGGGAGAAGGGCUUCAUGGUAUUGAACAGCUGACAAUGUGACAUGCAGAGAAAGGAUGGAAAGGAGAGGGAGGCUAUGGGGAGACAGGGACUGUAAGGGGAAGGCCCUUUACCAUAAAUCUGUUGUGAAGAAGACAUGCAAUGAAACUAAAAUAUCUGUUCUUUCCUUCCCUCACAUUGAUGAACUCUGUUCCCUCCUGUCUGUGAUGUUCUUGAAAAUGGUAAAAGAAACCAAAUCCAGUUCUGAUAAAGUUGAAAAAGAAUAAUUUUCCCGGUGUUUUCUUAGUAGUGUAGGCCAUAUUGAGUGUGUUAUGGUUUUAUAACUCAUCGGGAAAUGGAUAUUUUUUUUUCCUGAAGGUAGUCUAAUAAUUGUAAAGACAUUUCUAAAUGUCACUUUAAUUCUUUUUUAUGGUGGAAACCAAGGUGGUCUGUACAUCCCAUUGUAGUCUAGGGUUUCACUGCUUUUUCCAGAAGUAAGGACUCUGAAACAAGAUUGCAUUUUUUUUUUCUCCUCUCUGUUGCUGGAGUUCAGUUCUUUCAUUUUGUAUGUAGUGCUGCUGAUCCAGACUUAGACUGAGCAUAUUCUCUCCAGGGCAAAGUGAGGCCUGCCUGAGUUACUACAGAACUGGUGCCUGGCAAAUUUAGAUGAUGGCCUGAAGUGCAUUCAAGAAUGAAAUAAAAUUAGUAAUGAAAUACUGCUUGAAAGAAAAGUCUCUGCAGAAGACUGCUUAGCAGCAGGAACUGAAGUGGGAAGUUAUUUUGAGAAACACAGGCCUUGCGCUGGAGCUUAUGGAUCAAUCUAUGUUGAGACUCCUGUAGGGGCCUGGGUUAAAGGACAGCUGGAAAAGGAAGGAGACAUAGCACAUAUUUCUAAGAGUAUGAAACAAAAGAGUAAGUGAAAGUGAAGCUGCAGCUGGACACCAAGUUUAUUGCUGUUGCUGGGGAAUACCAUGUGCCUUUUUCAAGACUGCUGAACCUGGCCAGACAAAAUGGGUAGAAGGGCAGAAGGAACAUUUUUUUCUCUGCUGCUAAAAAGCUCCAAACAGGAGAAGUAAAUUCAGUCAGCUUGUCAGGCCACUGGCUCAGUGUACAAGCGCUUUCAUGAGGUAACAUUGGGCCAAAGUCAGCUUUUCUUUCUCCUUCGUAAAUCUGCAGCCAAGCAAUGGGCCAGAAGAUCUCAGGGAGCAUAAAGUCUGUGGAUGUGAGGGAGCCCCCUUUUAGGCCAGUGAAACGAGAGCUGAGAGGCCCGGAUUUUUGUAAGCCUGCGCGGCUGGACAUGUUGUUGGAUAUGCCCCCUGCCAAGCUGGAGAUCCAAUAUAAACAUGCUUGGAACAAUGAAGAUCGCUCUUUAAAUAUAUUUGUAAAGGAAGAUGAUAAACUGACUUUUCACAGACACCCAGUUGCCCAAAGCACAGAUUGCAUCCGAGGCAAAGUCGGCUACACCAGGGGCCUCCAUGUCUGGCAAAUCCACUGGCCCACGAGGCAGCGGGGAACUCACGCGGUGGUGGGCGUCUCCACAGCCGAAGCGCCACUGCACUCAGUGGGGUACACGUCACUGGUUGGCAGCAACAGUGAGUCGUGGGGCUGGGAUCUGGGACGCAACAAACUUUAUCACAAUUGUAAAAACCAGCCUGGGGUCACGUAUCCUGUCUUUUUGGAACCGGAUGAGUCUUUUGUACUCCCAGACUCCUUACUGGUGGUUUUGGAUAUGGACGAAGGAACGCUCAGCUUUAUGGUAGAUGGACAGUAUCUUGGAGUGGCUUUCAGAGGACUAAAAGGGAAAAAACUUUACCCAAUAGUCAGUGCAGUUUGGGGGCACUGUGAAAUUACAAUGAGAUACAUCAAUGGACUUGACCCGGAACCCCUGCCUUUAAUGGACUUGUGCCGAAGAUCAAUUCGUUUUGCUCUUGGCAGAGACCGCCUGCAUGACAUAGAAACUCUACCUUUGCCUCUGUCUCUGAAAAAUUAUUUACAGUAUCAAUAAGACGUCUAGAACCCUCUGGCCUCACAUUGGACUACAUCAAUGCAAAUGGCAGAAAAUUGUUUACAGCAAAAUAUAAAUUUUCAUGGUGGACACUUAAGUGUUAUUUAAUUUUUAAUAUAUAUAUUUUUUUCUGAAUCAGUGAAAGCAGAUCACUGUGGUGGACUACUAAAGAAUGUGAAAACAUUGAUUUGAUCAAGAUUCAUGUUUUAUCUGUUGCCUGUUGUGUUUACAGUCCUGAAAGCCAUUAUCCUAAGCUGUCAUAUAUUGGUUUAUUGUUGAUGCCUCUAGUAAAUGCCAAUAGAAAAUCUGACCUGCAAGACCCCCUGUUAUGCAGGACAGAGCAUUCUUCAAUAAUGUGCGUGUUGUUUUUUUUUCUUCUUUUCUCUCUCCUAUAUCCCACUCCAAUAGCUAUAAUCAGUUAGCAAAGGAAAUCUUGAAAAAUGCUUAAAUCUGACCUUUCGUAUCCAGAGUUGUUAAGAGCUUUGAGUGUUCUGCACCCAGCAUAAUCAGCCUAUCAGCCUGAUAGUCUAAAAGCUGUGACAUUUGGGGGAAAAAAAAAAAAGAAGAAGAAAGCAAGCAGAUUGUCUAGAAGAAUGUGUGAUUUAAAAGCACGAAAGGAAAAACUGAUAUAUGUGUCUGAAAGGUCAAUUUUUUGACAUUGUACGUGAGAUGCAGUCCAUUGCUUUCAAGACCAAAUCUAGUCCCUCCAAAGUUCUGCAGUCUGUAGUGAAAUGCUCACUAUCCCAAGAAUUUAGAAUACUCAUAUUUUAGAAAGCUUGUCACUUUUUAAUUUCAACAAAUUUAUAAUUUUAUGUGGUAUGAACUCUAAAUUCUUGGUUCUCUCUUAAUGUAUGUGUGGCUAUAAUGUUUAUUUAUCUGUUUAGAAUCUGUGGAGUUCUCAUUUAACUGUUUCCCAUCUUCGGGUUACUGAUUUUGUGUUUUUUUUUUCCCAACUUCACCUGAAAUGUUAUUAAUUUUUCAGGCUCAUCCCAUUUUUAAGAUGCUGCUUUCUAUUUGCAUUUCUUACAUGUUUCAAAUUAUUGGCCUGAUCAGUUAUCUAGUUUUUAAACUGGAAGUUGUUAUGGCAGGAUGUCAAAUGUUUAGACUGAGCUGCCUUCAGCAUAUUUUAAUGUGAAUUUACUGAUGAAGAAAAUUUCUAAUAAAGUCUACUGUCCAAAAUAAAA